AUGGGUCGCGCGAAAGCUCCUAAAGAGAUACAAUUAUACCCGAUUGUCCCGAUACAUCCAGCACGCGACAAGAAGCUACAGCUGUCGCAAGCAACGAAAUUGAAAUCGAUAGUGUCAAGAAAAGUCGCGUCCCUGGAAGUUGAUGUUAAGAAACAUCGCGAAAUUGUCACUGAUUUCCGCGAUGACGCUAAACAACAUAUCCUCAGAUUGCUGGGCGACCACAGAAGAUUUUAUUUGGCGUUUAAUCACCUGAAACCAUCCGAAAUUUAUGCAGCGAUAUAUCAAGAUUGCGAUUUGAAACGUCGAUUCCUGGACAAGCUCUACUACGAGAAAAAGAGAAAAUUGAAGCGAGGUAUCGAGUUACAGGUAGAGCCUGAUUUUUACCAAAGUGCUUACAUAUAUAAAUUUGCUCGUUCGCCGAAUGACAAGCUGGAAUAUAACGUUCUGUCAACUGAACUCGAGAGGCAAAGCGAAUAUCUACCGAACUGCGAGCAGCAACGAUUGAUAGCACAAUUACAGCGAUCCAUCGCGAAGCAUAACGCGGCAAAAGACAUAUAUUCUACGUAUUGGUCGAUGCUAAAUAUCCUGAGAAAAGAUGCGAUAUUUUUCAAUACCCUGUUGAACACCUUAAAAGAGGACCAAUCUUCCCAAUGCAAAGCGAUGUUGAAGGUGACAGUGAUGGGUCAGCUGGCGGCGGAAAAUCUGGACGACAUCAGGCAGAAAUACAAACGAAUGUCUCGAGUCGUUUUGCGUAAUAUGAAAAUCAGAGAACAAAUGUUGAGUACUGUACAAUAUCAGGUGAAAGAUUUGUGGGCUUACGCGCAGUCAUUAGUGCGCAUUGAGAGUGUUCACGUUUUUGCGAAAAAAGACAUCGAUGUGUUCGCCAAUAAUAAAAUAUUAGAAGGUCAGUUAGCACAUUUGGAAAGUAUCUGUACUGAAGUGAAAGAAGUCCUACUCGUGCGUUCAUAUCAUGACUUGCUAUCAAGGCUUGAAAAUCAAUCCGAGCAAAGAACAGCUUUGCUAGCGCGAUUAGACACCAAUCUGAAAAACCGUGAUGUUUUAUUGAGCAAAAAAAAUCAGGCUGUACAAGUUCUCGAGAGUCUUAAGCAUUCCACAAAAACUGCAGAACAGUAUAAGAUAAACGGUAUACAAGACAUGUUGGAACAAAUCGAACUCGAGAAGAAACGCGAGAAGGAUCUUAAGGAUCAGAUAAAAGCUCAUGGCGAGUUGCUCACGAAUAUCAGAGCGGCUUUACAGAGUAUGAACACAAUGUUGCUUUGCGUCAGACAUAGCGGCAAAGGAGCGGUGAAGAAGCCAGUCAAAAACGGGAAUAAGAAAGAACCGAUAGUCAAUGACAGAGAAGAUGUGGAAGAACGCGACAUGCUAGCAGAAAUUGAAGGAAUGGACACCGAUGUUUUGGUGCUGCUGUCGAAGGUCAGCAAAAAAGCGAACAUUCUCUUCAAUAUUAGUAACUUCGAUCUCAAGCAGGAGGACGAAGCCAGAGAUCUUUAUCACACCUACGUAUCGAAUUAUAAUUCCGGUUUGAUAUUCGGGACCGGUGAAGAGGAACAAAUUGGGCUAUUGGUGGAACACGAGAAGAUCGACGUCACUGUUCCAACGCGGGCAGACAUCAAGUACCGCAGCAGACAAGCUUUCGAGGCACAUCUGAAACCGGAAUAACUUAUCGCGUCAGGUUUUGUCGCAAUAAAAUGUAACGUUUGAAAACAA